UCAGACGCACAGACGCAAGCAUCCAUCCCACUGGCUGGAGUUGGAGGACACUCGCCCGCUUCGCCUCCACCGCUGCGCUGAUCCCUUGUUUUCUGUCUCCCGGCGGCGACACGAAGGGGAGGAGAGAAAUAAAGAAGCUCGUUUCCAUCUUUGAACAUCUAGACUUUACUGAGAGUGAGAGAAAACUGCAGAAUCGGGACCGGACACUUUUCUGGAAGCGGAUUAUCUCUCACAGGAGGCGAAGCUGGAUGUGUUGUGCACAGCGGAGCGCACGCUGCUACGUCUUUCAAUGGAUUUCCAAACGGUGGACGUACCCUGGGAAUUAAACUACUGUUAAGUUGCUUUUAGGUCGCACAUUUUGUUCUUUGCAAGGGUUUGUGUUUCACAUGGAGACGAAGACGAUGAUCCUCGCAGGGUUGUAUGUCCUCCUGCCUCUUUUGGAUGUGCUGUCUUACGCCGAGGAGAACGUGCGCCGGCUGGACUGUGUGAGAGCCAGCGAGCAGUGUCUGAAGGAGCCGGGCUGCAGCUCCAAGUACCGCACGAUGAGGCAGUGCGUGGCCGGCGGGAGAGAGAGCAACUUCAGCAUGGUGGCCGGCCUGGAGGCCAAGGACGAGUGCCGGAGCGUCAUAGACGCGCUCAAGCAGAGCCCCCUGUACAAUUGCCGGUGUAAAAGGGGCAUGAAGAAGGAGAAGAACUGUCUGCGCAUCUACUGGGGGAUCUAUCAGACAUUACAAGGCAAUGACUUCUUGGAGGAUUCUCCGUAUGAACCUGUGAACAGUCGUCUCUCGGACAUUUUUCGCCUGGCUCCCAUCCUAGGUGAGCCGGCGGUGGCGAGAGAGAACAACUGUCUGAACGCCGCCAAGGCCUGCAACCUGAAUGACACGUGCAAGAAGUACCGCUCGUCCUACAUCAGCCCGUGCACCAGCCGCGUCUCCACCGCCGAGGUCUGCAACAAGAGGAAGUGUCACAAGGCCCUGCGGCAGUUCUUUGACAAGGUUCCAGCGAAGCACAGCUAUGGCAUGCUGUACUGCUCCUGUCCGCUCAGGGACCAGACCGCCUGCUCCGAGCGCCGGCGUCAGACCAUCGUCCCCGUCUGCUCGUACGAGGAGAAGCAGAAACCAAACUGUCUGGAGCUGCAGGUCACCUGCAAGACCAACUACAUCUGCAGGUCACGACUGGCUGACUUCUUUGUCAACUGCCAGCCGGAGCCUCGCUCGCUGUCAGGCUGUCUGAAGGAGAACUACGCGGACUGCCUCCUCUCGUACUCGGGUCUGAUUGGAACCGUGAUGACUCCCAACUACCUGCGUUCCCCCAAGAUCAGCGUGUCUCCGUACUGCGACUGCAGCAGCAGCGGCAACAACAAGGACGAGUGCGACAAGUUCACCGAGUUCUUCACCGAGAACACCUGCCUCCGUAAUGCCAUUCAAGCCUUUGGGAACGGGACGGACGUGGGGGUGUGGCAGCCCGUGUCCCCGGUCCAGACCACCACCCCCACCACCACUCACUCCCAGAAGAACCGCGAACGCAACCCCAACCCUAUUGACAACCACAUCAACACAGACCCUGGGAUUUACCACUUCUGUGGCAGCCUACAGGCUCAGAAACUGAAGUCAAACUCAACUGUGGAUGGCGUCAUCUGCUUGGAUCCUCAGAUCGACGGCCCCAGUACGUCCAACGCCAUCCUGAGAAACUCGGCCGCCUCCAGACGGCCUGCGGGCCCGAUCUCUCUGCUGCCCCCCCUGCUCUGGCUGUGGUACUGCAGCCUGCAGGCCCUCUCCUCCUCCUCCUCCUCCUCCUCCUCCUCCUCUCCGGGCGACUUGUAGCCUCGACGCCUCAACGCGCUUCAACGAACUGACAAACACACAUUUGUACAAAAGAAAAAGCAAAACAAGAAGUUCUAUGCUUUCUUCUCAGUAAAACCUGUCGUACUCUUAUUUCCCUCUGGAAUCUGUCUCUACUUUGAUUCGUACUUUGUUCUUUUCUAUUGAAUUUUUGUUGUUUUUGUGUUUUUUUUUUGUUUCUUUGCAUUGCAGCUGUGUGCUAAAGCAGUGAUCUACUAUAUCUACUCGGUUUGGAUGUGUGUUCCCUUUUCGGUUGGUCUGAAAAAAAAAAGAAAAGGGAUUCAAAGCUUUUUUCUCGUUGGUCGAUCGGGCGGAAAUAACAACGUACUCGAGGAUUAACAUUCCAACAAACCACAGCUGGUGGCUUCUCGGAUCGGUUCACACACGAUGUAAACUCACGUUGACCUUCACUGUCGUCCAAUCGGUUUCCACCCACGUCUGUUUGUGUGUUGAGGCUAUCGUUGGGAUCUUUCGCUUAAAAGUCACAGUCCGUUCAGUGUCGGCUACGUUUCGUCACGCGGGCGACUCGUUGGGUGUUCCUCUCUCUCCCCUGUGGUUUCCUGUUUGUUUCAGUCAGGGACGAGAUCCGGUGUUUUUAAAUUCUCGAAAAGUCGACAUCGAUAUUUUACCUGAAAUAUAUAAAAUGUCACUCGACAGUAUUUCCUUUUUUCCAGGGUGAACACCGACAACCUGUAACAUCAGAGAAGUCGCAACAUCCGCGUCCAAACUGUAGCUCAAGCUGAACACACGUCGCCUCUGGCAAAAGCACACAGGCGAGGAUCCACGCACACACAAGUACCGCACACGUUCACACACUCAGACACACACACACAGAGAAACACACACACACACACACCUACCAGGCUUCUGCUCUUCUGUUUUUUAAACGCAUUGUUUGGCCGGCAGACGGAUUCCUCUCUGCGAUCACACGCUGCUGUGGAUGUUCGAGUCCACUCUGCUCAUUAGUGAUUGUACAUACGUGUAACUGUUAGAAGUCAAAGCCAUGUUCAGUGUUUCUAUAUGAAAAGUGACGGAGCAGCAGCUGCAGCUUCACCUCGACCUGUGUUGUUGUUGUUUUGUUUUUUUAUUGAGUUUGGACGAAUCUCGCCGAGUCCUGAGGACGGACACGAGCCGAGGACGAUCCAACGCUAACUGUCCUCGAGGGCAGUCAGUGGAAACGAAGCUUCUCGAUUGGGUCAUUGUUACGACCGUUUGCUAAGCCCCGCCUCCUUCAGUCACCGCCCAUACACACGUCAGGUUUUAAACUGUAGCGUAGCAUCAACACACUUUACUCGAAUAACUGUCCGAGUGAUGCAUUGAAAUUAUAGAAUAAUUCACAUUCGAAUUCAGGAGACAGAAGUUACAUUUUACAUCUUGACUAUUGAAAUUUUGCAAACUGAAUUUGUUGAUUGGAAGCAAAGUUUGGCUGUUAGCCGUAAGCUUAGCAUGCUAACGUUAGCAGCUUUCAUUAGUGUGUUGAUAAAUUCCUGACACCUCUUUAUAAUCGUUAUCAUAGUUGCUAAGCUGUGAUUGGACAGUUGCUGUUAAAGAGGGAACGUUUUAGGAAAUGGUCAAAUAUUUACUUUUCUGUUUUUUUCUGAAAACGAUUCAAACACAUGUGACUUCAGUACCGUGAGAAAAAAUCCUUUAUUGUACGUCUGCUCCCGGUGACUUCUGGGAAAAAAAGCUACAACAUCAAAAUUCACUUUCGAUUCUCACAGACACGUGCGUCCGUUUUCAUCAGCCCCCCCCCCAGAGGAAAUCCGAACCUCGUGGUCAUGACGUUAAUCGUACGUCGAACCUGAGCAUUAACAACGCGCUGCUUCAGUUUACGUAGCUUCUCAGAACACGGUUAAUGUAUCGUAGAACUUCUGUGUUAUUAACUGAGCGUUAACAUGGUAUAUGCACUGUACGUACUUGGCUGAAGCUAUAAAUCGGACGAAUAGACGUCCGAUGAUUUUCUGUUCCAGAGCAUCGUGAGCUAUUUUGACAUUCAGAUACUGAAUAUUGUUUUUUUACAACUACCUAUAAUGUGUAUAUUUUCUCCCAGUAUGUACAUGAUUAUGGAAUAUUACUGCAUCUGAGAAAGAGGAUAUCAAUGUGACUCUGUAGUUCAACAUGACUGUAUUUCCUCAGCUUAUUCCUUUGUACCAUAGCCCCCCCCCCGUUCACCACAUUGCUUAACUCUAGUUUUGUUUUCCGUUGUUUUUUUGGCUAAGAUUUGAACUUAUUUUUCUAUCUUUUACGAAUUUUUACUGUGGAUGAGUUGAAUCGAAGGAGACGGACCGGCCGCUUAUUGAUCCGUUUAAACAGCUCCUCUGAUUUUUGUUGUUUUUUACAGAAUGUUCAGAGCCGAUUCAAAUAAUUACUUUGGUUUUACUGCUGAAAGAAUUACGGUUUCGAGAAGAGAGAGAGAGAGAAGAUUGUUGUUGCAUGGUGACUGUGAAGGAAAGAUAAAUAUAUUCUAUACCAUAACAUUUAAAAAGGUUUUUUUAAAGGUAUAUCUGACCAGAGGUGGGCGCCGGGGGGGUUCAACCCCACGGACUGAAUGUGUGGAGGGAAACGUUAAAGGAGAAAUGUGACGAGACGCUACAGGACCAACUUCUCUUCUUGUGUCUUAAAAAAAGCAACUGUUGAUUUUAUAUUUGAAUCCCAGAGUCGUAUCUUCACAGGCGCUGGAAUAUAAGAGGCGGUCGGAAAGUUCCUCGGGUCCAAACCGGGGCUCUUCCUCCUGAUGUUAGGAAAAUAAAGAAAUAAAAAGAUGGUGGAUAUGUUGUCUCCAUCCCAUGUGUCGUUUUGAAACACCAGACAUGGCUUCUCUGGAGACUCCCUCUGCUCUCUGGCAUCAUUAACCUCUUAGCUUGUGAAAAAUGUAAAAUCUAUUGUACAAAAAGUUAUAAUUAAAAACUGUCAAAUCACCAA